AUAUAGGGAUCAGUAUGUAAAAAAAAAAAAAACGAAGCAGUUCGUGACUUUCAAAAUCAUCAAAAUUUGAAUCCCUUUCGGCCAGACCUCAGUUAAAACUCAACUAUCAAACGAACAAAAAUAUACUACAAGCAAACAUUAAGUGAAAAUCGGAACUAGCAAAAAAAAACACCAGUCCAGGCAGAUUGGACAAGGAUCUGGAAGUGAAGGGAGAAUCCAGAUUGUGCAGACGACUGUCAGCUGAUGUUGAAUGAUGUUAGACGUUAAGAAGAACAGAGGUUUCCACAAGACUCCAUCAUCCAGACUGCAACGCGGAGGUGAGCCAGCAGUAAUAGCAGUAGCAGCCCCUUCCGCAGCAGCAGCGGCAGGUGCAUCCACAGUAGCUGCAUCCCAUCCGGGAGCAGGAAAGGCAGCAACCGCCACUGGUACCACAUCAGUGGCAUCCGGCAAAGGAGCAGGCGGCUCCAAGCGAGGCAUCCAUAAUAGCACGGCACGGGGCCGGGAGGGUAAAUCGAAAUACUCCACGGGACCAGGAAUCCCAACCGGAGGCGGUGCUUCACUGGGAGUGGGCAAGGGGCAAGGUAAACACGGCUCAUCAUCAGCAGCAGGAGCGGCAGGAGGAGGAGGUGGCCGCUCAGUGACGACGGGAACAGCGGGCGGAAAUCCCGUGCGGACGGCCAAUCAGCGCUACUUCCUCGUGCCCAGCUUUAAGGACCCCACAUUCCUUAAGGAAGAGUGCGAGCUGGCCCAUGCCCAGGUGACGGGUGCUGGUGCGGGCAAGUCCAAAGCCACCCACGGCAAGCAGCGCUGUAGGGUGGGUGAGGAUAACAAAAACAAUAAUAACCAGCACAGCAGUCAUAACAGCCACCAGAACCACAACAACCACAGCAGCCACAAGGCACAGGGCCAUGUGGCAGGUGGUGGACUAGGACCACAAGGAGCAUUGAAUGACAUGCCGCGUCCGCCGAUGUUCAAUGGCAAUCAACAGGCGGCAGGAGCAGCAGCGACGACGACGACGACGUCGAGCUACAACAGAAGCACCAUUAACGGUCCCGUCCACAAGCACGGCAGCAUCAGGGCCUCUAGCACCCAGGAGCAACAGCUAACGGCGGGACAGAAGGCGCUGCAGGCAGCCACAGCCUCACACACGGGAAGGACCCUUGGCAAGCUGAAGCCACUGACCUUUGGCAGCAGCUCCAAUAACAAUAACAACAGCAACAAUAACAACAGUAGCAACACUAACAGUACCAACAACCACAGCAACCACAACCAAUAUCAGAACCACGGCUACACCAGCCACACGAUCAUGAACGGACACAAUAAUAACAACAGCAACCACAGCAGCAGUGUCAACGGCAGCAACAACAACAUGCAGCGUGGACAGAAACUGAAGCAGCAGCCACAACAGAAGCAGGAGGCGCAACAUCAGCUGCACCAACAGCUGCAAGACGAUGACAUCAGCUACAUAGACAGCGACGAUACGCCUCUGCCCUCCACAUCGGGAGCAGCAGCAGCUAAAGUAGCAGCUGGUUCUGGUGGAGCAAGAGCAGGAGCCGGAGCAGGAGCGGCUACAGCUGCAGCUGCAGCUGCAGCUGAAGCUACAUCUACAGCUGCAGCCAAUCAAAGCGAUCCCAUGUUCAGGAACGUUGGCUACCACAAGCGUCCUAGGUCCACGAUAAUCACAUCCCACUCCAACUUUGCCGCCAGCUUGGAGAAGUUCAACAACCCGAAGCUAGUCAAUGGAACACCUUCGGGAACAGGGAGGACAACUGAGGCAGGCGGUGGCCAACCACAAUCCGUGCUAUCCAGCAAUGCACGUUGGUAUGGCAUCGAUUCAGUUAGCAUUAAAGCCUCGAUUGAAAAAUUCAACAAUCUCAGCUGCCAGAAGCAGCGUCAGGGGCAACAUUCGGGCAAGGAGACGACAACUGGCUACUCCACGUCUCCCGCCGGAGGAGCCAGAGGAGCCAUGCCACGAAGUACUCACAUAGCGCAGACCUCGUCCAUCGGGAGCAGUGGAAAUCUGCAGCAGCAUCGCUACAGCGGCGACCUGGAUAAUGUUCGUUUAUCGGCGGGCCAUAGCAGCUCCCUAACGCGGGCCGCCUACCGAACCACGGCCCCCAUGAACUGUGUCGUCGCCCCGUUGCCGCGGGCAGCGCAGCCCGUACUAGUGGCGUUCAAUCCACAGGCCAGGAACGUCGUCAGCACACGUAACGUCCUGCCGCCCGUGUCGCCAACACCCAGCCGCUACUGGGAACGGGACAGCAGCAACACCACCAGUCGCCAGUACUCCUCUUCCAACUCCUCAGCUCUGAGCGGCAGCAGCAAGUACAACACCGACGAGGGCUACCGGAGCGCGGCGACGCAGCGCGAAGAGAAAUCGGAAGGUCUGUGCGGCCUGAGAAACAUCGGCAACACCUGUUUCAUGAACUCGGUCAUCCAGUGCCUGAGCCACACGACUGAGCUAACCCGCUUUCUGCGCACACACCAUGGCUCGCGCUCGUCCGCCACCAAAGAUCAGCUAAUACUCUUCGAAUUUGCCAAACUCAUCCAGGAGAUGUGGACAUCAAGCGUGCACACCGUAACCCCCAUGGACCUCAAGCGGGCCUUCUCUGCCAAGCAUCGCAUGUACAGCGACUACAAUCAGCAGGAUGCGCAGGAGUUCCUGCGCUUCUUCCUCGAUUCGCUGCACUCGGCCCUCAACUCGGGCAUCAAGGGCGAGACCCUCAAUAUUGACGAUAAUCUCAGUGACAAUAAGAAGGCCGAUCUAACCUGGGAGUGGUAUACUCGGCAUGAGAACUCCUUGGUACGCGAUCUCUUUGUGGGACAGCUGAAGAGCACUCUGAAGUGCACAACAUGCGGCAACACGAGCGUGACCUUCGAUCCAUUCUGGGACUUGAGCGUGCCGCUGCCCUCCUCAUCGCGCUGCAAGCUGGAGGCCUGUCUGGAUCUUUUCAUUCGCGAGGAGAUUCUAGAUGGCGACGAGAUGCCCACAUGCUCUAAAUGCAAGACGCGCCGAAAAUGUACCAAGAGCUUCACCAUUCAGCGUUUCCCCAAAUAUCUUGUCAUACAUCUGAAACGCUUCUCGGAAACGCGCUGGAGCAAGCUGUCGAACAUUGUCGAGUUCCCCACUGCUGACCGCGACCUCAAUAUGGCCUCCUAUGGCGCAAACUCAAACUCAAAUGUGCAUUACUCUCUCUACGCGAUAUCGAAUCAUAUGGGAUCAACUGCUGGAGGUCAUUAUACGGCCCUUUGCAAGCAUCCAGUUUCUCGCAAGUGGCACGAGUUCAAUGACAACAUUGUGAGCGAUUCCGUUUCCGAAAACUUUCUCGUUUCAUCCAGUGCUUAUAUACUUUUCUACGAGCGUACGUAAGGCUCAGUUCUCAGUCCAAAAGGAGUCCUUGAUCUGUGUGGGGUGGCUUCUGGGCAGGGACAGGCAGGGGACAACUACAACGACAACAGCAAACAGAUCAGAUCAAGGAGGGAACAGGGACAGCUUCAACCCCACUCCCAGGGCAACAAACAUCAGUAGAAACGCUUCGUAGAAUUGCAAAUAAAAGAUUUAUUUUAUAUCAAAAACAAAAUAUUGCAAUAUCAAAGCCCAGCUGAAAAAAACAGACCCCAAGAACACAAGCAAAAAAUUUCGGAAAAAGUUGAAUUGAAAAAGAAGAAAUCAAAAGAAAAAGCAGCGAGCCUGUACCCGGUCCCCGGUCCCCGACAUUUAGUGUAUAUAAAAAUCCUGAACUUCGUGGCCUGAAAAGCGGUAGAAAACUAAAAAUUUGAUUCAACAACAUACAAAGAAUUUUUGCAAAUACAUAAAUAACUUUCGGCAAACUUAUCCCCUGUGCAGAGAACCCUUAAGCAAAUGCUGCUCCUUUAAAACAAAAUUAAAAAAUUAAAUUAAGUCCACACAUCCAUUACUCAGUGUUUCGAUAAUUCUUUAUUAUAUAUAUGCAUGUGUGAGUGUUUCUAAAUUCGAUAAUUUGGACUUAAUUAUUGGUUUGCCGGGAGAGGUCGAUGUGUCCAUGUGGUUGUGUGUAAAAAAAAAGAACAAAAACUAAAAAAUAAUUUAAAAAGAAAGAGAAACAAGAAACACCAAAACUUACAGCGAAAGCGAAGUGAAAACUAGUUCUAUAUUUAAAAUUCGUCUUUCGUGUGCAAUAUAUUUCAUCUAGACAAAGAGCAACAACACCAAUACUACUUAACGAUAAUCGCGAUUAACGAUAACGAUAACUGAUAGCUGGAAAGGAGGUAAUCGCCAUCGCACCAUAAAAAAUCACUUAAAAACAAACUAAACACUAACUUAAAUUAAAUUAAAGCUACGAGCUACAAACGGCUUUUUAGAGACUAAGAUGAAACCCCACAAAUAAAAGAACUAACAUAAUUGAA